AUGGAGCUCCCCGUGGUGCUGCUGUACCUAAUGUAUGGUCUGGUCUCUGGAGCCCAGCAGCCCCAGGGUCAGGGGAACCCUCAGGAGAGCAACCCCCAGGCCAGGAGCAAGGAAAGGGCCCCAUCCCAGAAGUUUGAGAGCAGUGAGGAUGGCCUGGAGAGAGAGUUCCUGUAUGCUGGGCAGAGGAGCAGGCGAGCCCCCGUCGACCCCCAGCAGCCUGACAAGUGUUCCUACACCUUCAUCGUUCCCCAACAGAAGGUGACAGGGGCAAUCUGUGUGAACCGCAAGGAGCCGGACGCAGCGCUGGAGAACCGCGUCAACAAGCAGGAGCUGGAGCUGCUGAACGUGGAGCUGCAGAAGCAGAAGAGGCAGAUCGAGACGCUGCAGCAGCUGGUUGAGGUGGACGGAGGCAUCGUCAACGAGGUCAAGCUUCUGAGGAAGGAGAGCAGGAACAUGAACUCCAGGGUGACCCAGCUCUACAUGCAGCUGCUACACGAGAUCAUCAGGAAGAGGGACAAUGCCCUGGAGCUGUCCCAGAUGGAGAACCGUAUCCUCAACCAGACCUCAGAGAUGCAGCAGCUCACUAACCGCUAUAAGGACCUGGAGCACAAGUACCAGCACCUGGCCUCUCUGGCCAACAACCAGUCGGUCCUCAUUGCCUUGCUGGAGGAGCAGUGCCAGGGUCGGCCAGUCAGCCCCCCUCGCCCCGUCCCCGUCCCCGUCCCCCAGCCAAGGCCUCAAACCCCACCCCCACCUGCACCUUCACCACCCAUCAACAAGCCCUACCAACCUCCCACCUACCCACGCCUCACCAACCAGAUCACCAACGAGAUUCAGAGUGACCAGAAGUCUGUACUGCCUGUCAAUCCAACCAUGCCCAGCGGCACAGGCAGCCCCUCUAUCACUAACAAACCCUCUGGUGAGUCUCUCUGUUUCAUUGAGCAGCCUGCAUGUUUUUUGUUACCUAUUGAAAUGAAUAUUCCUUGAUACAGAUCUGGUCUGAAGUUACAUUUAUAUGAGGGGUCAAGCGGAAAAAGAGAAGCUGGCAUGUUCUAUGAACCCUCAUCAGACUGAUGUCUAAGCCAGUCUGAAACAGAGGGUUGUGUGUGAGAGCAGUUUGGUCUUUCUUAAUCAUCAGACAACAGCAGCUCUCCAUUCUUUAUCCAUUCGUCUCACUAUUGUCUAUGGGAAUAAUAAGUUCCACACAUUCCCUGAGAAAAGGCCUCUUAGGAAGAACAGAGCUGUUGUUGUCUAAAACCCUUUGAGAUGCAUAUCAUCUAAUGGGCUUGAUACUACAGUCAGCUGAUUACAAUCCACACAAAGCAUCUUAAAACACAUAUUUGUGUGUGCUCAUGGAUGGUUGGACUAGAGCCCUCUGGUAUCGAGGCCAGUGAAAGUGGAGGUGUCUGAACCUAUCCUCCUUAAUUUAGUACACUUAAUGAAGCUUAAGUAACUGGAUGAUUAAUUGAUAGAUUUAGAUAACUGUAUAGUUGACUAAAUACAACAGGGAUCACAACUGGAUAAGACUGUCUGUCAUGCUCUCUAACUGUGUGUGUGUCUGGCAAGUUAACUUGGUCUUUAGCUGAUAAGAGAAGUACAACAAUCGUCUUUAACAAAACAUGACUAAUACCUACAGUAUAUCAUUUUCUUUCAAUUUCUCCUCUUGUUCAUGUUUUAUUCCUUUCACAAACAUUGCUUUAUUUAUUAUCCUGCUCAUAUUUAACUGUUAACAGUGAGGUGUUAGCUCAUAUGUCUGUGCAAGUGACUAUUGCUGUUGGAUAUGAAUAUUCCCACAUGAAAAAAAUACUAGUUAACUGUAGCAUACUACAGUACUUACUAUAGAAUUCUGUAAUAAACUGUAGUAUACUGUAGAACAGUGGUUCCCAAACUGUAGGUGUGGUCGGCAAGGGGGCGCGGAGUUCCCCCUCCCCCCCAAUUGUCUUUUUUUUAAAGGAAGUCAGUCAGGCUUUCAACUUACUGCGGGGAUGUUCCCCAAUGAUGGAAGGGGGGCCCGAGUGAAAAAGUUUGGGAACCACUGCUGUAGAAUACUAUACUACACACUGUAGAAUCCCUCGAUCAUGUGUAGUACUUACUAUAGAUUUUUGUAGUAUACUGUAGAAUCCUAUAGUAAAUACUAUAGUAUUAUCUGCAAAUGAAACACUGUAGUAAAUACUACAAAUCAAAUCGUAUUUGUCACAUGCGCCGAAUACAACAGGUGUAGACCUUACCGUGAAAUGCUUACUUACAAGCCCUUAACCAACAAUGCAGUUCAAGAAAUAAAGUUAAGAACAUAUUUACUAAAUAAACAUCAAAUCAAAAAGUAACACAAGAAAAUUACAUAACAAUAACGAGGCUAUAUACAGGGGGUACCGGGUACAGAGUCAAUGUGCGGGGGAACAGGUUAGUCGAGGUAAUUUGUAAAAUGUGUACAGUAAUGUCUGUAAAAACACUACAGUCCGCAAAAACACAAUCGUUUUUUAAACUAUAGUAAUAGUAUAGCAGUUAAUUUGCAUAUACCCUGCCUAUUCCCCUCCUCCAUAUCCCAAUUUGUGCUACCGAUAAGUGAAAAACCUACAUGCCGAGUAUAGACCAUAUAUUGUGUUCCCUACAGGUUACAGAAAAGAGCAGACGCUCUGAACUUUCCGUUCAGACCCCAGUCCUAUCUACCUACAGGUUAUGAAAAAUGUGCUCUUUUAGUAUUUGUCCAGUAGGUUUGCUCAAGGAGAAAGACCCCACUUCUAUGUCAAAGAUAAUAAAACAAAAACACUACAGUAAACACUACAGUAAAUACUAAAGUUUACUACAGUCCGCAAAAACACUAUAGUUUUUAUACAACAGUGUUAGUAAAUUCUAAAUACUACAGUAUACUACAGUAAUGGCCGCAAAAACACAAAAGGUUAAUACUACAGUAAAGUCCGCAAAAACACUACAGUGAAUACUAUGGGAUUUAUACCAUAGUGUACUAUAGUAUUUUUUCAAAUGGGCUGAGCGAAAGGCAGACGUGUCUCAGCGGAGACAGACACCAGAUGAAGGGGAGUUUAGAGACAGGGUUUGUGUGGUCUCAACUCACCAUGGGCUACAAGCCCACUGCCGAGGGGGCGAAGACAGCUUACACUGCAUUUCAUGGUCAAUCUAACCCUGACAAUGGUAGCAUGGUAAAUAUAGCAUUCCAGUUAUGAGGGAAACCCCGCCACAGACUAGCAGCACUCUGCCACGGAUUGUCCAGAGGAUGUAUGAGACUCGGGUGAGGCUUCCAUAAGGAAUUCUCCAAAUCAACAGAAAAUUAUUUGAUAAGUAUUUUCUUGUUAACAUAUACUUCCACUAGAUACCAUGUCAUUUGAAUGUAGUAGGAAACACUGGCUUAUGCUGUACAGAUCUUUCCAUAGAAAUGUUUGUGUUCCACACUGUGCUUUCCUGACUGAGGUGUAGACACUGUGCUCUGUACUCUUGUGUUUGAAGGGAGGCAAGCAAUUUCCUGUCAGGGCCGACUGCAACUCACCCCCCCAAAAGGUUAUACAAACUCCUCACACAAAAAGGGAGUGCUGAGAAAGAAAGAAAGAAAGAAAGAAAGAAAGAAAGAAAGAAAGAAAGAAAGAAAGAAAGAAAGAAAGAAAGAAAGAAAGAAAGAAAGAAAGAAAGAAAGAAAGAAAGAAAGAAAGAAAGAAAGAAAGAAAGAAAGAAAGAAAGAAAAAGAGUAAGGAAUAAAGAGUAUGAAAAGACUGAGGAAAGAUAAUGAAUAAGUAUCUGUGUGGUGUCAUUUAUUCCAGCCCUCUGGCUUAUGUCUAAACAACACAGAUCUUCCACAGAGCCCACUGGAGAGGAGGAGGCUGGCUGAUGGACUACUUCUCACAUGCAAUCCUAGCACAACCUAACCUGUUUUAGCCUGUUAAUUUACAAUGUGAACUUUUGUUCCUCUGUCUCUGUCUGUGACAGUCCUGCUUGUCGUUGACAGUCCUGCUUGGAAUUAGCUCCUUGUUUACCCUCCUUUUUAUUCUGAUACAGCCAGGCUGUCAGUGUGCUCUUUAUGAAAGCCUGACAUCCCCCUGUCUGGUCUUCCUCUCUCUCUCUCACACACACACUGCCUUUUCCUAGUUGUUUAAGACAGGGCUCUCUUCCAUUCCCUGGUUGGAUGCAGACUAGCUGCUUCAGUCUCUCUCUCUACCUCCUGUCUCUGUACAAAUAUCCAUUGUGUACUAAACAGGGUCAGUUGGCUAAUCACAUCAGUGUAAACCAGUGGUGAUUUCUUAAUUGGGGAGGACGGGCUCGUGGUAAUGGCUGGAGCAGAUUCAGUGGAAUGAUAUCAAAUACAUCAAACACAUGGGUAUCUUUCUAGAGCUCCAACUUUGACCUUGUUUUUUUCCGAGUUCCCAGUUGUUUUGAAAGCAUCAUGACCAUCAGAUGCAGAUACCAUCAGUCCAGUAAAAUAAAAAAGCAAAUUAUUUCAAUUUAUGCUCAGCUAUGCCUCACACAGCAAAUGAUAUAUUUUGUUAUGAAAGCUUGAGUUUUUAAAUAUAAUAUGGUCUGAGAAGAACAAUAUUGGCAGGCCAGGCAUAGAGUUCAAUGUGUAAAAUCAGAGGGCCUGUUGUCUGGACCUAUGGCAGUCUAUGGGGGUGCCACAGGGUUCAAUUCUUGGGCCGACUCUUUUCUCGGUGUAUAUCAAUGAUGUCGCUCUUGCUGCCGGUGAUUCUCAGAUCCACCUCUACGCAGACGACACCAUUUUGUAUACAUCUGGCCCUUCAUUGGACACUGUCUUAACAAACCUCCAAACGAGCUUCAAUGCCAUACAACACUCUUUCCGUAGCCUCCAACUGCUCUUAAACACAAGUAAAACUAAAUGCAUGCUCUUCAAUCGAACACUGCUGGCACCCGCCCACCCGACUAGAAUCACUACUCGACGGGUCUGACCUAGAGUAUGUGGACAACUACAAAUGCCUAGGUGUCUGGUUAGACUGUAAACUCUCCUUCCAGACUCACAUUAAGCAUCUCCAAUCCAAAGUUAAAUCUAGAAUCGGCUUCCUAUUUCGCAACAAAGCCUCCUUCACUCAUGCUGCCAAACAUGCCCUCGUAAAACUGACUAUCCUACCGAUCCUUGACUUCGGCGAUGUCAUUUACAAAAUAGCCUCCAACACUCUACUCAGCAAAUUGGAUGUAGUCUAUCACAGUGCCAUCCGUUUUGUCACCAAAGCCCCAUAUACUACCCACCACUGUGACCUGUACGCUCUUGUUGGCUGGUCCUCACUACAUGUUCGUCGCCAAACCCACUGGCUCCAGGCCAUCUAUAAAUCACUGCUAGGCAAAUCCCCUCCUUAUCUUAGCUCAUUGGUCACCAUAGCAACACCCACCCGUAGUAUGCGCUCCAGCAGGUAUAUCUCACUGGUCAUCCCCAAAGCCAACACCUCCUUUGGCCACCAUUCCUUCCAGUUCUCUGAUGCCAAUGACUGGAACGAACUGCAAAAAUCUCUGAAGCUGGAGACUCUUAUCUCCCUCACUAACUAAGCAUCAGUUGUCAGAGCAUCUUACUGAUCACUGCACCUGUACACAGCCCAUCUGAAAUUAGCCCACCCAACUACCUCAUCCCCAUAUUGUUAUUUAUUUUGCUCAUUUGCACCCCAGUAUUUCUAUUUGCACAUCAUCUCUUGCACAUCUAUCAUUCCAGUGUUAAUACUAAUUGUAAUUAUUUUGCACUAUGGCCUAUUUAUUGCCUUACCUCCAUAACUUGCUACAUUUGCACACACUGUAUAUAUAUUUUCUGUUGUAUUUUUGACUUUGUUUUGUUUUACCCCAUAUGUAACUCUGUGUUGUUGUUUUUAAUCGCACUGCUUUGCUUUAUCUUGGCCAGGUCGCAGUUGUAAAUGAGAACUUGUUCUCAACUGGCUUACCUGGUUAAAUAAAUGUGAAAUAAUAUAUAUAUAUAUAUAGCCAAUAUGAUGUGAUAAUGUAUUAGGCCUACUGCACAAACCUCAUUCCUACAUAACAGUUUUUAUUAGGACAAUGUAAAAAAAAAAACAAGUUUAAAAAUAAUCUGGGCAGUAGAUCUGGGCUUGCUUUUUGACUGCGAAAGUGAUCUUGACUCAGAAAAGGUUGGUGACCACUUGUGUAAACUCUUGAAUAGGAAAAUACUUUCACAUCCAAUUAGAGAAGUAGAGCCAGCAGCCCAAUAGAAGCCUGUUUCCAAGUAUGAUGACUAGAGAUCUUUUGAGGGGAGAGUAAUGGCUAACAGGCAAUAAGCCAAUUCAUGUUUUUACAGAUAUUAACCAGUUUCAAACAGAACACCAAGAGAGACUAAUAAACCAAACACAUGCAGCAUUUAACAUCAACUUCAUUCCUCGUUAAAUCAUAUACUGCAGAACAAUAGAAAACAUAUCUUGCUCAGACUUUGGUUUCUGUCAGGGCAUCCAUUUUAGCAUACAGGUCUGUUACUUCUAUGCAGUAAAUCAUAUUACACAUGCUGCUAAAUGCAUUAGAACAUCUAUGGUGGUGGAGGAUGUUUCAGAGAUAAGGAAACCUACUUUAACCCGCAGAAAGAAAACAACAAUACUUUAAUGGUCAGUUUUCAAAUUUGUCUUCAAAACAUGGCCAUAUUAAAUACCUCACCACAGUACUUCUGUAAAACGACCAACUGCCAAAUUGGGAAUUAUGUCAGAUAAAUGAAAUGUGAAGUGAAAGGGUGAACGUUUUGGAAUUUGGGACAAGUUCCAGCGGUCUCCCUGGCAGAGUUACUGAGGUAAAAUAAGGAUUUAUUCAGGAUUAUCUUAAAUUAGUCCAAUUCUGGAAAUCCUUCCUCUUCAGUAUAAUGAACUUGGAUAAACAACCAGAUUAAUAGUGUACACUUGAAGUGGUUUAGGAAAAUCUGAGUUGAGGUAAUGUUUUGCAGAAGGUGUCAUUGUAGAGCUGCAAACCCACACAGUCUGAUGCUGUAACACCCAACACAUUUUUCCCCCCACUUACUUACACUAGCAACGCACAUGCCCCGCCCACCUGAGGAUCUGUCAUGUUCAGACAUAUACAGUGGGGGAAAAAAGUAUUUAGUCAGCCACCAAUUGUGCAAGUUCUCCCACUUAAAAAGAUGAGAGGAAUUAUGGUGGAAAAUAAGUAUUUGGACAAUAACAAAAGUUUCUCAAUACUUUGUUAUAUACCCUUUGUUGGCAAUGACACAGGUCAAAUGUUUUCUGUAAGUCUUCACAAGGUUUUCACACACUGUUGCUGGUAUUUUGGCCCAUUCCUCCAUGCAGAUCUCCUCUAGAGCAGUGAUGUUUUGGGGCUGUCGCUGGGCAACACAGACUUUCAACUCCCUCCAAAGAUUUUCUAUGGGGUUGACAUCUGGAGACUGGCUAGGCCACUCCAGGACCUUGAAAUGCUUCUUACGAAGCCACUCCUUCGUUGCCCGGGCGGUGUGUUUGGGAUCAUUGUCAUGCUGAAAGACCCAGCCACGUUUCAGCUUCAAUGCCCUUGCUGAUGGAAGGAGGUUUUCACUCAAAAUCUCACGAUACAUGGCCCCAUUCAUUCUUUCCUUUACACGGAUCAGUCGUCCUGGUCCCUUUGCAGAAAAACAGCCCCAAAGCAUGAUGUUUCCACCCCCAUGCUUCACAGUAGGUAUGGUGUUCUUUGGAUGCAACUCAGCAUUCUUUGUCCUCCAAACACGACGAGUUGAGUUUUUACCAAAAAGUUAUAUUUUGGUUUCAUCUGACCAUAUGACAUUCUCCCAAUCCUCUUCUGGAUCAUCCAAAUGCACUCUAGCAAACUUCAGACGGGCCUGGACAUGUACUGGCUUAAGCAGGGGGACAAAAAAGUAUUUAGUCAGCCACCAAUUGUGCAAGUUCUCCCACUUAAAAAGAUGAGAGGCCUGUAAUUUUCAUCAUAGGUACACGUCAACUAUGACAGACAUUGAGAAAAACAAUCCAGAAAAUCACAUUGUAGGAUUUUUAAUGAAUUUAUUUGCAAAUUAUGGUGAAAAAUAAGUAUUUGGUCACCUACAAACAAGCAAGAUUUCUGGCUCUCACAGACCUGUAACUUCUUCUUUAAGAGGCUCCUCUGUCCUCCACUCGUUACCUGUAUUAAUGGCACCUGUUUGAACUUGUUAUCAGUAUAAAAGACACCUGUCCACAACCUCAAACAGUCACACUCCAAACUCCACUAUGGCCAAGACCAAAGAGCUGUCAAAGGACACCAGAAACAACAUUGUAGACCUGCACCAGGCUGGGAAGACUGAAUCUGCAAUAGGUAAGCAGCUUGGUUUGAAGAAAUCAACUGUGGGAGCAAUUAUUAGGAAAUGGAAGACAUACAAGACCACUGAUAAUCUCCCUCGAUCUGGUGCUCCACGCAAGAUCUCACCCCGUGGGGUCAAAAUUAUCACAAGAACGGUGAGCAAAAAUCCCAGAACCACACGGGGGGACCUAGUGAAUGACCUGCAGAGAGCUGGGACCAAAGUAACAAAGCCUACCAUCAGUAACACACUACGCCGCCAGGGACUCAAAUCCUGCAGUGCCAGACGUGUCCCCCUGCUUAAGCCAGUACAUGUCCAGGCCCGUCUAAAGUUUGCUAGAGUGCAUUUGGAUGAUCCAGAAGAGGAUUGGGAGAAUGUCAUAUGGUCAGAUGAAACCAAAAUAUAACUUUUUGGUAAAAACUCAACUCGUCGUGUUUGGAGGACAAAGAAUGCUGAGUUGCAUCCAAAGAACACCAUACCUACUGUGAAGCAUGGGGAUGGAAACAUCAUGCUUUGGGGCUGUUUUUCUGCAAAGGGACCAGGACGACUGAUCCGUGUAAAGGAAAGAAUGAAUGGGGCCAUGUAUCGUGAGAUUUUGAGUGAAAACCUCCUUCCAUCAGCAAGGGCAUUGAAGAUGAAACGUGGCUGGGUCUUUCAGCAUGACAAUGAUCCCAAACACACCGCCCGGGCAACGAAGGAGUGGCUUCGUAAGAAGCAUUUCAAGGUCCUGGAGUGGCCUAGCCAGUCUCCAGAUCUCAACCCCAUAGAAAAUCUUUGGAGGGAGUUGAAAGUCUGUGUUGCCCAGCGACAGCCCCAAAACAUCACUGCUCUAGAGGAGAUCUGCAUGGAGGAAUGGGCCAAAAUAUGUGAAAACCUUGUGAAGACUUACAGAAAAAGUUUGACCUGUGUCAUUGCCAACAAAGGGUAUAUAAACAAAGUAUUGAGAAACUUUUGUUAUUGACCAAAUACUUAUUUUCCACCAUAAUUUGCAAAUCAAUUCAUAAAAAAUCCUACAAUGUGAUUUUCUGGAGAAAAAAAAAUCUCAUUUUGUCUGUCAUAGUUGACGUGUACCUAUGAUGAAAAUGACAGGCCUCUCUCAUCUUUUUAAGUGGGAGAACUUGCACAAUUGGUGGCUGACAAAAUACGUUUUUUCCCCACUGUAUCUGAGAUUAGAUUACCAGAGAAUGGCCAAGCUAAAGCCCACUGCUGAGAGAACACGCUAAUAUGAAAACACUAUCAAUCAUAUGGAAUGUCAUAUGGACUGCUCUCUGGGUCAGUACCGGAUGUGAUUUUACCUCCACUGGGGAAGGUCAAAAACACCCAUUGACAAUAACAACAUAAGAAACUUGCAUGGGUUUAAUAGGGGUUUAGGAAGACAGUGAUUAAAUAUUAAGAGACUUUCCAACUCUACUUCAACAAAAGAGCGUUUUCUACAGCCUAAUGCCCAUUAUAUCAUUCAUCAACAAGGGAUCUUUAGAGUACCUGCUGAUCUACAGUAUCUGCUACUGUUGCAUCAUUCAGCAAUCAGGUCUCCCUUUAGCCAUAUGCCAAUGUUGCUCUUGGCUGCAGAGCCUGCAGCCAUUUCCCUUGUGAGAGCAGCAGCCAAAGUCAAUCCUGGCCUUAAACUGAAAGCUUUUCCUACUGAAAAAUGGGAGUAGCAGCAGUAACAGUAGAUGAUGCUGUGGUCUUUUCAAUUAGGCUGCAUAGCCUCUGUCUCCAGUACUGUGAUAGUCACACAAUAAGAAAGUUGUAUUAAUUAUGAAUAUGAAAGUGACUCAUAUUAUAGAAAAAAUAUCCUUUGACAACCUCCACUGACUCCACCAGGCUUUCUGUCUAACCACUGUGUCUGUCUCCUUUCCUGUCCCAUGCAGGGCCAUGGAAGGACUGCCUACAGGCCCUGGAGGAUGGCCACACGGCCAGUGGCAUGUACCUGGUGAAGCCAGAGAACGCCAACAAACUGAUGCAGGUGUGGUGUGACCAGAGACACGACCCUGGUGGCUGGACCGUCAUCCAGAGGAGGCUGGACGGCUCAGUGAACUUUUUCAGGAACUGGGAGACUUACAAGGUAGGUAAACAGCCCCACACUAAGGUAAACUCAUUUAGUAAAAGGGGGAGGCAGGUUAUAUGUAGAACUGUGUCUGUAUGCUAAACAUUGGCUGUAGUUCGAAGUGAAACAGGUGACUUAUGUCUGGUGUGUCUGACGUUAAAAAGAUCUGAACACUGUUGAGGUUUGAGGAGAACGACCCCUUGCACUGCCUGCUCUGAUGAGGUACCUACAGGGUUCUGCACCUGUCAGUCACACCACUGGCCUAUGACUCAUACCAUCCGCCAACAUGAGUUGGGUCUUUGUGAAAUUAGUCUACACAGGACGCAUACAGGCUUAAUGAGAAACGUGUGGAUAAGAGGCUGCCAUCCUGGGAAAAAAACAUUGUAGAAUUGUAGAAGCCCACUGAAAAAGUAUUAAUGGUCCAUGAAAAUGAUUUCUAUUUACAUCAUAAAAAUGGUUUGAGGAAAAAUAAAUGUCUGAAUUCAGGUAUUUACACAACAUUACACAGGCAGUCAUGAGGACAGCAUGAAAUGCUAAGGGAUGACUAUUGCCAGUGUGGAAUGAGGUAAAAAGGGUCUGGCUAGUGUAAGUGUGAUGAGUGUGAUAGAAGGAGUCAGGCACAGGGGAAACGAUCUACCCUGGCAAUACACGGUACAGGAUACUCCAACAAUAUUCAGGCACAGGGGAAAUAUCUACCUCGGCAAUACAAAGUGCGAGUACCUCCACCGAGCUACACUACUCUCACAAUAAACAAUCACCCACAAAGGACCAGGGGGGGCAGAGGGAACACUUAUACACGGACUAAUGAGGGGAUAAGAACCAGGUGUGUGUAAUUGACACAACAAGACAAAUGGAAUGAUGAGAUAUGGAGCGGCAGUGGCUAGUAAGCCGGUGACGACGAACGCCGAAGCCUGCCCGAACAAGGAGGGGAGGCAGCCUCGGCGGAAGUCGUGACAGUAAGGAUCUAAAGCACUACAACAGGGCAAAGCAAUUAGAGUGCAAACAUCAUAGGGCAGACAGACAAUUUGCAAGGGACUUGUUUAAAUCCUUGCCAGAGAACUUUCCAAGACGUUUACAAUAAAACACAUUGGAAUUAAAUGUGUACAAUAGCCAGAUCUUCCCAUGAUUCACAGCAUGUGCUAUGUAAUGUAAAACAUAUACUAUCCUAUGACCUGUCCUGGCAUGGAACUGAGGCAUAACAGUCCAGACCAGCACACAUCUUGUAACAAGCUCACAGAUCCUCCACUCUACUCUACAGGCCAUUAAUACGUUUUUGAUAACUGCAAGUUACCACUAGUAGGCUCAUGGGCUAUUUGCUGGUACCUUCCCUGACAGUAAACAACAAUAAGACAGAAUCAUAUUGAGCUUUACUGUCAGAGCAUCUAGAGGGACUGUUUCUCUCAGUACUUCCCAGGCACUGAGUAGAGAAGAGGCUCUGAAUUAUCCCCCAGACCUCAAGACCAACUGCUUACAGCUGAAGGGACUUGUGUAAAGCCGAUCAUGUAUUCUCCCUUUGCCCCUCAUAGCAAGGCUUUGGGAACAUCGAUGGAGAGUAUUGGCUGGGCCUGGAGAACAUCUACUGGCUGACCAACCAGGGGAACUACAAGCUGCUGGUGAUUCUGGAGGACUGGUCUGGCAGGAAGGUGUUUGCAGAGUAUGCCAGCUUCAGGCUGGAGCCUGAGGCAGACUUCUACAAGCUCAGGGUGGGCCGCUACCAUGGCAACGCCGGAGACUCCCUCACCUGGCACAAUGGCAAACAGUUCACUACGCUGGACAGAGACCACGAUGUGUAUACAGGUAAUGUCAAGAUCAUACAGUAGCACACACUCACAUUAAAACAGAAACGUGAGAUAAAAUGUCCAGUGUUCUGACUCAAUUAACUGACAAUUAGCCUAGUACAUACUGUAAGCCCACAUUACAUUUUCGUUGAGAUUCUACAAUGUUGUCUAACUAAUAUUUGCUUCAACCCAGGUAACUGUGCCCACUACCAGAAGGGAGGCUGGUGGUACAAUGCAUGUGCCCAUUCUAACCUCAAUGGAGUAUGGUACAGAGGAGGACACUACCGCAGUCGCUACCAAGAUGGAGUGUACUGGGCUGAAUUCAGAGGAGGUGCCUACUCCCUGAAGAAAGUAUCUAUGAUGAUACGACCGAACCCAAACACCUUUCAUUAAAUAUCCAUAAACAAAACGACUUCCUCUCCACAAAAACUUCAAUUCAAACAACAACUCUUGAACUCUGAAAUAAUGGCAUCUCACACAGCCAGAUCAAGAAGACGAUGACAUGGAAAGUGCAAUAUCUAAGCCUCAGGCAGGACUCUUGGAGGAGCAAUAAAGGAGAAGCAGGGUGCAUCCUGUUGCUCCACAGACAAACACAUGUAAUGGUGUGGCAGUAUCCUUGCUUCUCUCCCUUUAAAUGUAGUUGAAAUGUGUCUGUAAUACUUUGAGCAAGGUGUACUGCUGCCUUAGAACUGAUG